ACCGAGUAACGUCCUGUUGGACGUGCCACAAAUGUUCCCAUCUGCUUUUGACAGCUGAUGCUUAUUUCUCUUUGAUUUAAUAUGUAACACUUAUUAAAUGUCAUAAAUAUAUAUAGUUUUUACUAUAUAAUAAAGUAGUUAAACAUAGAAUGGCCGAGAAAAGUGAUAUUUCGAAGCAACAGAAAUCUGAAACCACUGAAGAGGUUACAAAAGAAGCUGACAUUAGUCGUUAUUUUGAAAAUGCAUCUCGCACAAUUUUUGACGAGAUUGUUUCACCUAAAAAAGAUUUCUUCGAUUUGCAAAGAGAUUCUGGAAGCAGAAUUCCAGACUUCGAAUUAUUACCAGAUCAUUCGAGCGAAUUUUUAAAAGGCACUUCGUUACUUGGUAACGACCGAGUUGAUCACAGUGGGGCAAACGAUAUGCAUAGAGAUACCUGGAUACCUUCUGAACAAACGCGAAAAGUGUUGCGAAAUAUCGCUACAUCCACCGCUGGAACUAAUCUUCUGGAUAGAGAUAACCUAACAAUGCCAGGUCUUGCAAUCCAAGGUGACAUGUCGAACUUAAUAAAGAAUGCUGCUGUGCGGUUCCUAGGAGAGGAUGAAAACUCAGCAAGAAAUGUACUUACUGCUUCUGAUGUAACACAAGAUGAACGAGGCUUGAGACAAUUGAUUCAAGUUGGUUGUUACAAAGCAGCCAUAAAUUUAACAGGAAGAUUGUUAGCAGUAUAUGCUCAAGGAUAUGGGAAAAUAAAUCAACCUAGUAAACACACCCCACAUUCUUUGCAACUGUGGUACACAAGACUUGCUCUGUUGACUAAACUGAAGCAGGUUGAUAUUUUAGAAAGUGAAUCAAAACCAUUCGGCAAUUUGGAUAAGCCAGACAUGUACUUCACAUUUUAUCCUGAACUUUAUGGUACCAGACCAGGUUCCAUGGCUUCUUUUUCUUUUAGACUGCUCUUAGCAGAAAUUCCACAGUACUGUGGUAAACCAAAACAAGCACUGGAUAAUCUUUAUAAGAUUUUAGCUACAGUGAAUCAGAUCAUAGCUAAUUUUACUGCUGGAUUUAACGGGGAUGGUUCAAAGGUUAAAAUCAAUCCAUCAGAGCAAGAGGAUGCUGUAAGAUUGUGGAAAGGCAGGAGAUCCAGAGUUUUAAUAUCUAUUACCAAUUGUGCAGUUAGCAUGAAGAACUAUAUAUUGGGUAUAGAGAUUUUAGAGAAAUUAUACAGCUCUGCAGAUUGGACACCUGAACAAAUGGAUGCAAUUAGAGCUAGUAUAGGUAGGAUACAUCUGUUUCUGGGGGAUAUUGCAGCAGCAGAGAAAUUUCUCAUCAAUCCACGAAAACAAGACAGUGAGUUAACUGUCAGAGAGCUGAUGGACAGAGGAUUAAUGGCAGUAGCUCAAAAUUCUUUUCCAGAAGCGUAUAAAUAUUUCCAAGCUGCAGAGGCAUUAGAUCCUUCAAACAUUGCCUUAGUUAAUAAUAUGGCUGUUUGCCUUUUAUACACGGGUCAAUUGAAAGCAGCGGUGCAUUUAUAUGAAAGUAUGAUUACAAGAAACCCUGUUAAAAGCUUACAAGAACCUAUAUUGUUGAAUAUAUGUACUUCAUACGAAUUGCAUACAACUCAUUGUAAACAGCCAAAGUUACAUUUAUUGAGCCAGUUAAAUAGGUAUAAAGGGGAUGCUGUAGAUAUACAGUGUUUGAAACUUCCUUUGAACUAAAAUUAUUUCGCUUGUGUACAGUAUAUAAUAGCUUGGAGAUGAAAUUUUUAAAUCUGUUAUUUAGUUAUGAAAAUAUUGCACUAAUGUAUAAAUUUUAUUAAAUAAAAAAUCAAUU